AUGUCCAAAUGUCCAAUUCACGCAAUUUCAAUUUGUUCAAUUGCCAACUCCGAAUUAGCGCAAGGGAAUACUUUUGACAGUAAUUCAUAUGGGCGUCCAUUCAUCCAACGCGUCAGGACUGACUUCCAAGAUGAAUUUAAUCGACAGUUACAAUUGGCCUCAACUACUUGGAUAAUUACAAGAAAAAAUGGAGCAUCUAUUAAUUAUUUAGAGUAUCUGAUUCGUGCUGCGAUUCCUCGAUUUACUGGCCAUCUAUCCUAUACUCCAACGUCUACAACGUGGAUUAUUAACUCUAAUCUUAAUUUUCAUAAGAAAUUAGACUGA